CAAAACUGUUGCAGUAAUAUAUUAAAUUGUAGACCUAUUCACAAAAUUUAAAAAAGUUCAAGCGGAAUUAAAACAUGGGGUUUAUCAGCAUGUGUGUUUAAGUUUUCGGUAACUAUAUUAAACUUCGCCUUGUUCCGACUUCAGUCGUAGUUGAUAAUAGAUCCGAAUUAUAAUUUAGUUUAAAGUUUUUAGAGAGUUCUGUUGCACGCCAAUUUUAUGAUAAAAAAAUGGGAAUUCGGUGGAAAGUUUUAGCGAUUUUUGCAGUUAUUAUUGCUUUUGGUGGUUAUAAAAUUAAUAAUUUAUUAAAACCGCCGCUGCCACCAAAAUUAGAAGAGCCGUGGUGGGGGAGCGGGGAUCCUUCCAAGGAAGAUAAAUCAAUUCGUCCUUUUACAGUUAAUGUUUCUGAACAGGAUCUACGUGACUUGCAAUAUCGUUUGGACCAUGCCCGCCCAUUCACUCCUCCCCUUGAAGGAACCCAACAACAAUACGGGAUGAACACCAAUUUAUUAAAUGAAAUUGUGACAUUUUGGCGAACAAAAUACAACUGGAGAGAGCGUGAAAAACUCUUUAACAAAUACCCCCAAUAUCUCACGAAUAUUCAAGGCAUCGAUAUUCACUACAUCCAUGUUAAACCCAAACCCACCAAUCUCAAAGUCUUGCCACUUUUGCUUCUCCACGGAUGGCCCGGAUCCGUCCGCGAGUUCUACGAAGCCAUUCCUUUACUCACAACGCCUCAAAAAGACAAAAAUUUUGUUUUUGAGGUCAUUGUAGCAUCGCUUCCUGGGUACGGAUUUUCCCAAGGCGCAGUUCGGCCAGGUUUGGGUGCGGCCCAAAUGGCUGGAGUUUUCAAAAAUUUAAUGAAACGGUUAGGGUUUGAGAAGUAUUACGUUCAAGGCGGGGAUUUUGGGCAUAUUGUUUUGCACCAUUUGGCGGUUUUGUAUCCUGAGGUUGUUGCCGGAUUUCACUCGAAUAUGUGUGUGGUGUUCACUCCUUUGGCGGCUUUGAAAUUAUUGUUCGGUACGAUUUUUCCCUCUUUAGUUACGAGACCUGAACAUGUGGACCGAAUCUAUUCAGUGCCGGAUUUUCUAAGCCAGAGGGCACUUGAGACUGGAUAUCUUCAUAUUCAAGCUACAAAACCUGACACUAUUGGUGUGGCUUUGAGAGAUUCUCCAGUAGGGCUGGCAGCCUAUAUUCUUGAGAAAUUUACCACUGGGACCAAUGUAACUCAUCAAAAACGUGAAGACGGAGGCUUGAAAGAGUAUUAUAAUUAUGCUGAUCUUUUGGAUAAUGUGAUGGUUUAUUGGAUUAAGGGAUCAAUGCCGACUGCUAUGAGACUGUAUUCUGAAACAUUUAAUAAAAAACACAUGGGUUUGGGAAUUACCAGAAUGCCAAUACAAGUUCCUAGUGCAUGUGCUAGGUUUAAAAAUGAUUUUUACGCCGCUGACGGAGUUUUAAAUGAACUCUACCCCAAAUUACUUCAUCUAUCAGAUUACGAUGGAGGACAUUUUGCAGCAUUCCAGUUACCUGAAAUUUUCAGUAAAGAUGUGUUUAUGGCAGUUGAAAAAUUUGAAAAUUAUCAUGCCAAACAAACUUAAUUUGUUGUAUUUACGAGUAAGUUAUAAAAAUUUCAUUUUACAUAAAGUUGUGUUGAUUUUUUUAUUUAAUCAAAAAAGCAGGCGAUUUCUAGUUUUGCACCACUUCAUAUACCAGUAGGUAUGUUGUACGUUUAAAAUAAAGACAGAUGUUUCAGAAAUAAUAGAAAAAAAUUCUUAACUAACUCAAAAUAUAACAACCAUGACUCUUAGAAGACAUUAUAAAAAAACUCAUUUAUUUUUGAAUAAAAAUUAGUGAAAUUUG